AUGGCGACAGCACGACGACCAGAGAAGCCCUCGGCGGUCCCAGCCAACCCGAUUCCCUCCUCGUCGCCCGCAUUUGGCACGCCAGUCCACCCCAUCCAUCCCCGCCGAACCGCGCCCAUACGCGCUCCACCAGCACUUGCGCCCAAGGCCAAAUCCACCGUCCUGCCCAUCCUGCUCCCGCCGGCGACACUGCGGCCCCUUGCCUUCCGCACCUUCACCAAGAAACACAACCUCACCCUCACCUCCUCGGCGCUGCAGGCUCUCGCCACCUUCAUUGGGAAGCACUGCGGCUCCGGAUGGCGCGAAGAGGGUCUCGCCGAGAAGGUGCUGGAGGAAGUCGCCAAGAGCUGGAAGAAGUGCGGGGGCCAGGUCAUCGUCGACGGCGACACGGACGUCUUCAAGGGCAUCUUGCGCACCCUGGAGGGCGCCAUGGAAGGCGGGAGGGUCGCCCAAGCCUCUACGCUGGGCAGGCAGAGCAGCUUCAGCUUUGGCGCCGAGCACAAGGGAGUCUCCCCUUGGCCUGCGCUGGACGCCACCUCGAGCUUUGGCAUGUCGACUCUGCACGUCCAAGACAAGGACGAGGAGGAGGAGAUGCUCAGAGACCCGCGAGAGUGGAUCAAGGUCAUUGGCGCAUUUGAGCAGCCAAAGCAGGUGUACAAUGUGUCUCAGAGACACUUUGAAAAAUCGGCCUCGAAACCAUCGCUCUUCCCCCAUCCUGCACACAAGACGGACCUCUUCCGCCAACGCUACCACAUCGUCCAUCAGCGCAUCCUCCGCAACGAGACGUUCCAAGCACCCACCUUCAGCACCGCUCGGUCAGCGACCCUAAACCGGACCGGCUCCAUUGCCACAUCACAGACAAACACCAUAACGCCCAUCGCCAACCUGCUAGGCCGCACAGGAAGCACACAUCUGCUGCUGGGCAUGCUCGUCGUCUCACCCACAGGAGCACUCUCCCUCUCAGACCUCACGGGGACAAUAGCCUUGGACAUCCAGCAUGCACGCCCCAUACCAGAGAACGGCGCUUACUUUGCGCCCGGCAUGAUCGUCCUUGUCGAUGGCAGCUACGAAGAAGACCAUGGCGCUGCAUCGUCGAACCUGGGAGGAACUGGCGGCAUUGGCGGCACAAUUGGCGGCAAGUUCCUCGCUUUCUCCCUCGGCCACCCACCGUGCGAGCGAAGAACAGCCACCCUGGGCGGCACCGACGAACUCGACAAGAGCAGUCUCCAAGGCCCAGCAUUCGGCUGGACAGACUUCCUCGGCGUCGGCUCACAGCGUGCAACAGGCUCCCGCAUGAACCGCAUAGCCAGCAACCUUCUCCCCUCCACCGCGCCUCACAACAUCAUCAUUGCAUCCGACCUGCAUCUCGAUACCCCCUCCACGCUCAGCGCCCUCCGCACCCUGCUACGCACCUACUCGCCGUCUCCCUCCAACCCCAACCCAACCUACCCACUGGCCAUCGUCCUCAUGGGCAACUUCUCCUCCAAAGCAACCCUCGCCGGCGUCCCAGGCGCAGGCAGCAUAGAAUACAAAGAGCAUUUCGACGCCCUCGCCUCCGUCCUCUCCGACUUCCAGCCCCUGAUCGCCCACACCUCGCUCGUCUUCGUGCCAGGCGACAACGACGCCUGGCCCAGCGCCUUCUCCGCCGGCGCCGCAACACCACUACCGCGCAAACCCGUCCCCGCGCUCUUCACAAACCGCAUCCGCCGCGUCGUCGCCGAAGCGAACCGCGAGGUCUGGGGCAGCGGCCGCGCGAGGGGGAAGGAAGGCGAGGUGCUCUGGACAUCGAAUCCCUCGCGCCUGACUUGGUUCGGCGUGAAAGGCGAAAUGGCAAUCCUGCGCGACGACCUCGCAGGCCGGCUCCAGCGGACAGCGAUCCGGUUCCCAAAAAACCACGACGGCGACGACGGCGACGGCGACGGCGAUACAGAGAUGCCCUUCGCGCCCCAACACGACCUCAACGAAGCAAUGCACAUGGACCUCCCCGCGCCCCAGACACUGCAACCGCACCCGGAACCCCCCGUCGACACAGCCACCCAGACGGCGCGCGCCCUGACCCGCACCAUCCUCAGUCAGAGCCAUCUCAGCCCGUUCCCGCUCGGUGCGCGCCCGCUGCACUGGGACUUUGCCCACACCCUAGGCUUGUAUCCGCUGCCGACUUGUCUCGUGCUGGCGGACCCUGGGGCCCCGGCGUUCGUCGUCAAGUAUUGUGGGUGUUCGGUGCUGAAUCCGGGGACUGUCGAUGCGAGUCGAGGGCGGGCUGGGAGAGAGGGGAGGGCGAGGUGGGUCGAGUUUGACAUUAGGAGUAGCGUCGGCAUUGUCAGGGCGGAGGGGUAG